GGGAGGCGGAGCGGGGGGAGCGGGCAGGAGGAUGGCCUCCGAGCUGGCCUUGAGCAACCCCGACCUGCCCAGCAGCCCCUUGGCCAUGGAGUAUGUUAAUGACUUCGAUCUCAUGAAGUUCGAGGUGAAGAAGGAGCCGGGCGAGAGCGAGCGCAUCAUCAGCCAGUGCGGCCGGCUCAUCGCCGGGGGCUCGCUCUCCUCCACGCCCAUGAGCACGCCCUGCAGCUCGGUGCCCCCCUCGCCCAGCUUCUCGGCGCCCAGCCCGGGCUCGGGCAGCGAGCAGAAAGCGCCGCUGGAGGACUACUACUGGAUGGGCAGUGGCUACCCGCAGCCGUUGCCCCCCGAGGCGCUGGCCUUCAGCCCCGAGGACGCGGUCGAGGCGCUCAUCAGCAGCGGCCACCAGCUCCCCGGCGCCUUCGAGGGUUACGCGCGGGGCCAGCCGCUGGCCGGGGCCGGGCCGGCCGGCGGGGCCGGGGACGAGCUGGGCUCGGCGGCCGCCGUGGUGUCGGCCGUGAUCGCGGCGGCGGCGGCGCACGGCGGGGGGCCCCACUACCCGCCCCCGGCGCCCCAGGCGCCGCCGCACCCCGGGGGGCUCCCCCACGGCCCGGGCGGCCCGGGCUCCGGCUCGGCCGCGGGGCCCGGGCCCGGCCUGCCCCCGCCCCCCGGCCCGGCCCCCGGCGCGCACCCCAACGCCGCCGCCGCCGCCGCCCUCCACUUCGACGAGCGCUUCUCCGACGAGCAGCUGGUGACCAUGUCGGUGCGGGAGCUCAACCGGCAGCUGCGCGGGGUCAGCAAGGAGGAGGUGAUCCGCCUGAAGCAGAAGCGCCGGACCCUGAAGAACCGCGGCUACGCGCAGUCGUGUCGCUUCAAGCGGGUGCAGCAGCGGCACGUGCUCGAGGCGGAGAAGAGCCAACUGCUGCAGCAGGUGGAGCACCUCAAGCAGGAGAUUGCCCGGCUGCUGCGCGAGCGGGACGCCUACAAGGAGAAGUACGACAAGCUGGUGGGCAGCGGCUUCCGAGAAAACGGCUCCAGCAGCGACAGCCCGUCCUCGCCGGAGUUUUUCAUGUAUCCAAGAGAAUCCUCAACAUCAGUGAUGUGAAAAUUCCUGUUGCCUGACAUCAAAAAGAAAACAAGAUGCUGGAAUGCUGAUGGCUUAUAAGACAACUUUCUGGCAUGAAGACAGCCACAAAGCAC